GGCUUCACAGCAUUUUGCGAGCCCUUUUUUUAAUGCCAAACAAGAAAUUUAUAAAUACUCAAUAUAGUUGCUUUAGUUCCAGUCUUCAGAGUUCCUGCAAUCUUUUAUUAGUUGCUCCCCACUUGUCUGUUUUCUUUUUGCUAAUUAUUCUUUAUCACGUCUUACAUAUAUUUUAUAAUUAUCCACUAGUUGACUUGUAAGUUUUAUUUAUUUAUUUUCCCCCUGAUUAUAGCAUUGUCCACAAGCUAAGCGCUUGAGACUAAUUACCAGAUGAGAGAGGGCGCCUGAUCAGUUGUUCAACGUGAAAAUGAGCACAAAGGUUAGGAAAGAAAGCAGAAUUAAGAAGUGCAUAAAAGCACCGAUCAGAGUUCUGAUUAAAGCCAGGGAUUGCUAUGUCCAGAGCAUGACGGAUUGUUCUGGCAGAAUUGGCUAUGGCGGUAUGAGCUCAGGUCCUGCAGUUCCACAACUCUCCUCUUUGCCCAGAAGUUUUAGCGUCAACUCUUCUGUGUCAAGUGGAGAUGAAGACUUUAGGGAGCUGAUGCGAAUUGCUUCCAAAAGGAGUACACUUGUAAACGAGGUGGAAUUGGAACAUCUGAGGCGACAAUCGCCAAUUAAUAAUGGGGUGAAUGUUAAUGUGGUACCUCGGAGUCGUUCUGUUGCCAUCGGAAGAAUCGAUGAAGACAAGCCUUGUGAUUUUGGUGAGGAUGUCCUGGUGAAAACAGAUGUUUAUCCAAGAGCAAGUAGUAGAAGCUGUGCUGUUUCUUCUAGACAGAUUCCAAACAAAUAAAUCUAAAGAAGAAACAAACAUGGCAGGUCGCAGGCUUUGAGUUAGUUCUCGCGCUUUUCUUUCUCCCUCCGGUUAUCGACUGUUUCUUGGAUUGUAUAGUUGUUAUUCCUUCUUCCAAACUUGUCAUUUUAUGUUCAUUUAGCUGUAUAUAUAUAUAUAUUCCCCAUAUAAAAUAUUGCAUCUUUCAUUCCU